CUGAACGAAAUCUACUAGUAUGUUCUGUUUUUAUUAUGGAAUGUAAAAAAAAAAGAAAAGUUCAUUAUACUCAUGAAAAUAAUUUUACAAUUUAUAUAAAUAUAAAAACCACACACACACUAGCAGUUAAUUUUAUAUUUAUUAAAAUGAAUGCCAUUUUUUAUUUGCAACAAUUAACACAUGGGAUUCAGUACAUUAGAAAUUUGAAAGUUGCUAUUCCCCCUUUUUUUAGUGAAUUACCUUUAGCAGAAAUUGUAAAGGCUAUACUCAUCAUACAUGCAUACCGUACAUCAAUAGGAGAAGGAAAUGUUAAACAUAUUUCUUGGGUACAAGGAUUUAUAUCAUGUAUCAUUUUAUCUUCAGCCGGUACAUGUACAGUUGCGUUACUUAGAGGAGAACCCUUUAGUGUAAUCUACAAAGAUGAAAUAUGGUUUAUUUAUGGGCUCAUUUAUUGUAUUAUGAUGUUUUCCAAUUCAUUUGUAUUUAAAUGGAUAUCCUUUAUCUUUACUAAUUUCCCUGUGCUAAAAGUGAUCUUCAUUUUUAUCAGUGGACUUCAUCGGGGAUACUCACUUGUUCAAUAUGGUGUAGAUGGUGUAACAAUAAAGACAGAAAACAAGAAAAUAAUCGCUAGAGUUCUAUGUGGUACAUUAACAGGUUGUGGAGGAGGAUUAUGGAAUGAAAUACUUGGGCUUGAUCGUUUACAAUGGCGUUUAACAAUGCCAAGGCUUUCUGUGGAUGUAAAGAUAUCUUUUUGGUCUACUAUUGUUUAUAUUCUAUUAACAAUGUUACUUACACUUCAAGAAGAUGCUCAAGCAUUGGGUUCUUUAUUAUUUACUAUUUUGCUAAUCUACAAUAAAGUAAAGAAAAUAACCCAUAAUCAUAGCAAUAAAGAUGUAUCUAAGCUAAAGAAGAAUGCUUAA